AUGGCUCCCUCAGCUAUCUCCAACAGCCCGCCCCCUUCGGCUAACGGGGAAGCCUCCAUCGCCAGCUACCGCGGUUAUGACCAUGUCCACUGGUAUGUCGGUAACGCCAAGCAGGCCGCCAGCUACUAUAUCACCCGGAUGGGCUUCAAGCGCAUUGCCUAUCGCGGCUUGGAGACUGGUAGCCGUGGUAUUUGCUCUCAUGUCAUUCGCAACGGCGAUAUCACUUUCAUCCUGACCUCGCCGCUCCGCGCCUUGGACCAACUCGAACGCUUCACUGCUGAUGAGCAAGAGCAAUUACGAGAGGUCCAUAGUCACCUUGAGAAGCACGGCGAUGGUGUUAAAGAUGUCUCAUUUGAGGUUGAUGAUGUUGACGCUGUUUUCUUCGCCGCUUUGAAGAACGGCGCCAAGGUCGUAUCCAAGCCUCGCAUCCUCAAAGACAACCAUGGUCACGUCAAAGUUGCUACUAUCCAAACAUAUGGUGAGACUACACACACUCUCAUCGAGCGCAAUCAAUAUCGUGGUGUCUUUUUACCGGGAUAUCGCGUCGAAGAAGCAAACGAGGACCCUAUUUCCAAGUUCCUGCCCGGGGUAGAUCUCAAGAGGAUUGACCAUUGCGUUGGAAACCAGGAUUGGAAUGAGAUGGACAAAAUCUGCGAAUAUUACGAAAAUGCCCUUGGAUUCCACCGGUUCUGGUCCGUUGAUGACAGCCAAAUCUGCACUGAAUUUUCCGCCUUGAAGAGUAUCGUCAUGGCGUCUCCCAACGAGAUUGUGAAGAUGCCUAUCAACGAGCCUGCAAAGGGCAAGAAGCAGUCGCAGAUUGAAGAAUAUGUGGACUUUUACAACGGCGCCGGCGUUCAGCACAUUGCUCUCCUUACGGACGACAUCAUCCGUGAUAUCACCAACCUGAAGGCCCGUGGAGUGGAGUUCAUUAAGGUUCCCGAAACAUACUACACUGACAUGCAGGAACGUUUGAAGGAGUCGGGCUUGGUGCUCAAGGAGGAUUUUGAUACUAUCCGGAGCUUGGACAUUUUGAUUGACUUCGACGAGGGUGGUUAUCUUCUCCAACUCUUCACCAAGCACUUGAUGGACCGCCCAACCGUUUUCAUUGAAAUCAUUCAGCGCCACAACUUCUCUGGCUUUGGAGCAGGAAACUUCAAGUCGCUCUUCGAGGCCAUUGAGCGGGAACAAGAACUCCGUGGGAACCUUGUCUAA